AUGCGUUCCUCCAUCGCCAUCUCCAUCGCCGCCCUCGCUGGCUCUGCGCUCGCCGCUCCCUCGUACCCGGCCGCUUACCCAGCCGCCUACCCAGCCGACAAGCCCGCUGCCAACCCCAACGUUGAGGUUGUUGUCGAGCACGUAGUCCACACCGUCUACGUCACCGAGGGCUCCCCCGAGGCCACCCCAUGCCCCUCAUCAACUCCUGCUGCUACUCCCGCUCCCGCUGCUACUCCUUCCCCUGAGGCCUACCCGGCCGAGCAGCCCAAGCCCGCCUCCUCCUCCACCUUCUCGUCUGUUGUCUACGUCGAGGCUACCCCCAGCCCCUACCCUGAGGUUGAGCAACCUGAGCCCGCACCAGAGCCAACCCCUACUCCCACUCCCACCCCCGCUCCUGCUCCCGAGCCAACUCCCACCCCUACCCCGGUGCCUUCCCCCGCCCCAGCUCCUUCCACUGGAGGCUACAUGGAUGUCGUCGCCGAGUGGCGCAGCAAGCUCGGCCUCAGCAAGCUCGAGUUCUCUGCUGAGCUCGAGUCCAACGCUCUCAAUGUCGUCAUUGAGGGCAACGGUGUCAUGAAGCACAAGCUCAACAAGGGCACUUAUGGCCAGGUCCUCGCCCCUGGCGAUGCUGACAAAUUCGAGUACGUCUUCGUUGGUGGAUGGCUCUGCGAGAUGGCCAACCUUCCAGGUCUUGGAGACGCCUGCAAGGAGUUCUCCAAGGGCUGGGACUACCAGGGCCAGGUUGGCCACGCCGAGAUUCUCACCUCGCCCAACUACUCCAAGAUUGGUUGCAGCAACAGCAAGGGCAUUUGGUGCUGCGAUCUCGCUUAA